CGGGUCAGUUGUGGUUGAAACUCAAUAAGAGUAAGACUUGAACGCUCGCAAGUGGAUAAAGAGACACGUGACAACAUAUCAUAUUGUGUAAAAUAAAAUAAAAUUUAGUGAAACAUCGGUAAACCAAAUACAAAUAUAAAAAUUAAAUACUGGAUGCUGGAUGCAAAACCCCAAAUUUUUUCAUACUUUCGGAAUAAGGCAUCAUAUCACAUUUAGCAAAUCUUUGUGUGCGUCAGUGCUUGUGAAACUGCGGCGAACUCUAAACGUUGCGGAACGAUUGUACCUGGAGCCAAGCAAAGACUGAGCAAGCAAUUGGGCAUCAUGGUCAUAAGCAGCUAUACUUGGAAUCUUGUCAAUCAAUGCUUCAUUUUGGCCAUAACGACUUUUAUGUCGGUCAAAUGCGCUGAGAUGAAAUUCAAAAAAACCGCCACGCACGCCUUCCUCUGCACGCUUGGGUUUGUUUUUCUCUCGGCGGAAGGCAUGAUGGUGCGGGCGAACAACAAUUGGCUCACACGUUCGUUGCAUCCAGACACAAAAACCACAAUACACUUUUGGCUGCAACUGACUGGCGGCAUUUUAGGGGUUGCCGGCACACUGCAGAAGUCGUUGCCAAAGGAACACCACUUUCGCUCAUGGCAUGGAAAAUUGGGCUUGGCUGCAUGCGUGUUCUUUGUCAUAAACUGUCUUUCCGGCGCAUUGGGUUUAUAUUCGUGGAACUACCGCCAGUACGUGUCGCCAUCAGUUAAUGAUUUCAUUCAUAAUUUUCUUGGAUUGUUAACGUUUGUUGUAGCCAUGUUGGCGCAAUAUACCGGCUAUAACACGGGAUUCUUUCGUCGAAACUUGAAAGAACAUGAAACGUUUUUCAAAUACUUGACGGCAGCUAUCUUGGUGCUGACUACCUGGGGACCACUAACGAUCUUCCUGGGCAAACUAUUUUAGAUCUUUAUUUAAGUUGUUAGACAUUCAAUAUAGAAGUGUGCGUGUGAAUUUAGUAAUAAAGUGCAAGUAUUUUUGUAA